UGAUGAUUGGCGUAGGAAUGGAAGACUGGUGACCGACAGUUUUUUUAUCCCUUUUGAUUAUUUAUGAUGAUAAGUCCCAUAUCCCACGUGAAGCAAACUUUAAGAGGUCAAACCAUGAGAAACGUGGUAAGCGCCCCCACGCUCUGUUCCUGCCUCAAUGCCUCUCUUGCCGGCUCUCUGUUUUCCUUCUAUGUUUUCAUCAUUUUUUUUCUUACCCAUUUUGACUUUUGCCAUUCUUGAUACUUCUACUACUUAUUACAGUGCACCAAUUUCGAAGAACAUUUACAGCAUUACUUGUGGGUGAAUUGUUUUACCAAUUAACUGUGUUGUAUGAAGGGUACAUCUGGAUGUUCAAAUCCCUCUUCUUGCUUGUGAUGGUCGGUUGAUAAUUACUUCUUUCUCUACUGCUUUUUCUGGAGGAAGAUAUGGUUCUGAAGCAGCGGUUUUUGUUGCAGAAAGUUCUGUUCUUUCUCAGUGCAUUCUCACUCCUAGCAUCUGCCGCAGCAGGUGGCAAUCUACCCAAGAUUUUGAGUCCCUUCCAUCAUUCACACAAACCUUCUAACUCAACAUUUAAGCAUCAUUUUAAGAAAUGGAUGCACAGAUUUGCAUUUCCACCAUCACAUGCACCCUCUGGCUACAAUCAAGGAAGACAUGAAUUUAACAAGUUUGCUCCUGAGCCUAGCUGGCAAGGGCAUUGGCCUUCAAUGUCUCCAUCUCAGUCUUCCUUUGCUUCAUCACCAAGUGGUUCGCUAGCACCUCAGCCAUCAUCAAUGGUUCCAUCAAGCCAUUUAAAUAUUCCAGCGCCUCAACCCACUAGUUCUCAUAGUUCUUGGAAAAGGAAGAUGACUCCACCACCAUUGCCACCCUUGACACUACCGCCACCACCUCCUAAUCAAGAUUGUGAAUCAAUGACAUGCACUGAGCCUCAAACAUACGCACCUCCCGGGUCACCAUGCGCUUGUGUGUUCCCUAUCAAAGUUGCAAUCCGCCUCAGUGUUACCCUAUAUGCAUUUUUCCCACUGGUGUCCGAGCUUUCUAAGGAAAUAGCAACUGCUGCUGUGCUGAAACAAAGUCAAGUGCGCAUCAUGGGAGCAAAUGCUGUAAAUAAAGAGCUUGAAAAAACCAUUGUGCUUGUCAACUUGGUUCCUUCGGAGGACAAAUUCAAUGCUGCAACAGCAUUUGCAAUCUAUGCUAUGUUCUGGAGGAGGGAGGUUUUGAUCAAGACAUCAUUAUUUGGUUCCUAUGAAGUGGUUUAUGUCCACUAUCCAGGGUUACCACCGUCUCCACCUUCAUCCGGGUCUUUCAUUAGUGAUAAACCCCUUCCUGGAAAAGGAAUGGAUGGAAGUGCAAUAAAACCUUUGGGAGUAGACAUAUCAAGGGAAAAAAAGAAAGGGGUUAGGAUCAAUAUGAUUUCUACAAUAGUUCUAUCGUUUGCGAUUGCCUUUGUCAUUUCUCUGGGAGUUGUUUGGCUUCUAUGCCUAAAACACAGACGGCGUACAUCUGUGCAUGUGCAAACUCCGCAUAAUUUGGGAUCUUAUAAGGGGAAAGCAUCAGGUUCUGUUGGCUAUUUAAUAGGUAAAAGUAAGCCCAACUCAACUCCAAUAUCAUCCUUCAGCUCUAGCAUUUUAGCAUACGCCGGGACAGCAAAGAUUUUCAGUGCAUCUGAUAUAGAAAGAGUGACCAAUAAAUUCAAUGCCGUCCUAGGGGAAGGCGGCUUUGGACUUGUAUACAGUGGCAUUCUUGAAGAUGGAAGGGAGGUGGCAGUGAAGAUUCUAAAGAGGGUUGAUCGGAAUGGAAGCCGUGAGUUUAUGGCUGAAGUUGAGAUGCUGAGUCGUCUGCACCACAGGAACUUGGUGAAACUGAUAGGCAUCUGCACAGAGGACAGGUGUCGUUGCCUGGUAUACGAACUUGUUCCUAAUGGGAGUGUGCAGUCUCAUCUACACGGGGUUGAUAAAGAGGCCUCCCCGCUUGAUUGGUAUGCUAGGGUCAAGAUUGCAUUAGGUGCAGCUCAAGGGUUGGCCUACUUGCAUGAAGACUCUAAUCCCCUCGUAAUACACAGGGACUUCAAGUCAAGCAAUAUACUAUUAGAAAAUGACUUCACUCCAAAAGUUUCAGAUUUUGGUUUAGCUAGAUCAGCAAUGGAUGAGGGAAAGAGGUCAACUCAUGUUGUGGGUACUUUUGGGUAUGUAGCUCCCGAAUAUGCCAUGACCGGCCACCUCCUUGUAAAAAGUGACGUGUACAGUUACGGUGUAGUUCUCCUUGAGCUUUUGAGCGGGCGGAAGCCUGUGGAUUUAUCACAACCACCAGGUCAAGAGAAUCUCGUAGCGUGGGCCCGUCCGCUGCUCACAACACUGGAAGGCUUACAAAUUCUUAUAGAUCCAAGUAUCAAGUCAUCAGACAUUCCAUUUGAAGGUAUGAUCAAAUUUGCAGCAAUAGCGGCCAUGUGUGUCCAACCGGAUUCGUCUCACCGUCCCUUUAUGGGCGAAGUUGUUCAAGCGUUGAAAUUCAUUCACAACGAGCUUGAUGAGGCUAGAGGCCAGCACGACUUAUUCGUUGCUACGAAGGCCAAUGUAGCGAUCUCUGUGGGUGGUUCUGCUGUGGAUGCUAGGAUGCCAUUGUCAGUAGGAGAUUUGGAGUGUUCAUCAGCUAGAUUUGAAGCAGUGUCAGAGUUUGAGCCUAGCAGAAGGGAAUUCUACUCUGCUCCAUUAGGAAUGAGUGCAAAAAGGAGCUUCUGGCAAUUACCCAAAAUAAUGUCCAAGGGGAGAAGCAUGACUGCGUAAGUUAGGGCUCAACUGAGUCACCAUGAUUUAAUCACCACUUACUCUGUCGAAGUGGUGUGUGGGGCACCGGGAUGGGUGGUUUCGCUUUUUGGUUCAGGAGUGUAAUAGUAUAUAUAGGUCUAGAACUUGUAAUUAUAUAAGUCACCUAUUAGGUUCUAUUUCACAUUGCUAAUUCUGUCAAUAUUUGUUGAUCUUGCUUAAGGCAGCUCUCUUGUGUCUUUUCCUUUUUAUCGUCUCCUAGUCUACUAGAGAUAUUUGACAUGCUCACUUGCCCGCCUUGGACAUUGGUCUUCAGUUCUUGGACGUAUAACUGUAAGCUGAGCUAGAAAUAUUAUUUUUUUGUGUAAUUUUAGAGUCCAUUUGGUAACACCUUUUCUUCUUAUGCGCCUUGCAGGCAUCAUUGUAGGCAACAACAAUUUCACAUG